AUGAAAUUGCAAAUUUUGGGGGAGGGUGGAAACAAUUACAGUGAGUCCCCACUCCACCAAACAUUAAGAAUUCCUGUGAGAAUUCCUGUUUGCUUGAAGACUCAAAGUUCGGCUUUGGCGACCCGUGAAUCUUUCAAGUUGGUCAACUCAAAAGAAGAUAUUGACUUGGAGCGAAACUCGAUGUUCAACAGUUGCUGUUUAUCUCACCUAUUGAUUGGCCAGUUCCGGCUUGCCUCCGAAAACCUCAGCGCCUUCACCGAUAUUUACAAGUAUUUGAACCAAAUUGAGAUUGCUCAAAUUUCCGACGCUCGUCCGGAUUUUGAAGAAACAAUGCAAGAAAGUCUUCGCAACCUCGCUGAAGCCUAUCAGCUUUCCGAGAUAACCCAGCUGGAGCUCCUGAAUCCGGAUCUCACAGCAAACGAGCGUCAAGAACUCAAUGAGAGACUUCAAACGGAGACGACCAAUCUGAUAUCUCGACAGGAGGUGUUCAGCAAGGUGGUUGAUGACGGCUCCUUCAUGACAGCUUUACUCCAACAUCACCAAAAACUCCUCGACAAACAACAAACAAAUGCCUAA